GCGAUUGCUCAGCGCUCAGCCAGGCUUGUAGAUCACGUGAUUGGGUGCGUUGUUUACUCGGCGCUCGGCUGGUUGGCCUGCGGAUGCCGGAAGUAGCUGGGUAUCAGGAGAAGCGUCACGGGCUCCCGGUGAUGAUGUAACCGGCGCAGCCGGGGCUCUGAUACCGAGACCGGCACCGGAGCUGGAACGAUGAACCUGCUGCCUUCCAACCCGCACGGCAACGGCUUGCUGUACGCUGGCUUCAACCAGGACCAUGGGUGCUUUGCAUGUGGCAUGGAAAAUGGAUUCCGGGUUUAUAACACAGAUCCACUAAAGGAAAAGGAGAAACAAGAGUUUCUAGAAGGUGGUGUUGGUUAUGUAGAAAUGUUAUUCCGAUGUAAUUAUCUCGCUCUGGUUGGAGGAGGAAAGAAGCCGAAGUAUCCACCCAACAAAGUGAUGAUUUGGGACGACCUGAAAAAGAAAACUGUGAUUGAAAUAGAAUUUUCCACCGAGGUGAAAGCUGUGAAACUGCGCAGAGACAGGAUCGUUGUCGUAUUGGACUCCAUGAUAAAAGUUUUCACCUUCACCCACAACCCUCAUCAGCUGCAUGUCUUCGAAACCUGCUACAACCCUAAAGGUCUGUGCGUCUUGUGUCCGAACAGCAACAACUCCUUCCUGGCCUUCCCCGGGGCUCACACAGGCCAUGUGCAGAUUGUAGAUCUGGCCAGCACUGAGAAGCCGCCAGUUGACAUCCCAGCACACGAGGGGGUACUGAGCUGCAUCGCUUUGAACCUACAAGGGACCAGAAUCGCUACUGCAUCAGAGAAGGGAACUCUAAUUAGAAUAUUUGAUACAUCAUCUGGACAUUUAAUUCAGGAGCUGCGUAGAGGAUCACAGGCUGCAAAUAUUUACUGCAUAAAUUUCAAUGAAGACGCAUCACUCAUCUGUGUCUCCAGUGAUCACGGGACCGUACACAUCUUUGCAGCAGAGGACCCAAAGAGAAACAAACAAUCCAGUUUGGCCUCUGCCAGCUUCCUUCCCAAGUAUUUCAGCUCAAAGUGGAGUUUCUCAAAGUUUCAGGUUCCCUCUGGGUCGCCUUGUGUUUGUGCCUUUGGAACAGAACCGAACUGUGUCAUAGCUAUCUGUGCAGACGGCAGCUACUACAAAUUCCAGUUCAACCAGAAGGGGGAGUGCACACGAGAUGUCUACGCGCAGUUUUUAGAAAUGACUGAUGACAAACUCUGAGACUUUGUUUGAGAAGGAAUUGGAUUCCCUCAGAAAGACUCCUCUCUGGAUCUCUGCAGUAAUUCAGGGGAUGUUGGGUGGAGAUUUCACACAAACCAAGACUUUACUGAAGACUCCCAUUAUAGUGUUUUUACGUUGAAAUAAUUAAAUUACUGUACUUUAACCAACUUCUAUUUUUUUUUCCCUCCGCAAUUACAAAACUUGACAUAAAAUGAAAACAAAGAAAAAAAAUAUUUUAAACUUAAUUUUUCUUUUCCUGCCACCGACUGCAUUGAUUGAAAGAAAUUUAACAUACUAGUUAUUGCAGCUUUCCUUUUUUAUAUAUUUUUUUGAUGGGUUUUGUAUGAGCCAUUAAUUCUCCGUGAGACAUACACCACAGUAUUGGUGGCAAGCCAGAUGUUUGCAGGUGGUUCUUUAUUAUACCUAGAUGCUGAAAAUAGAAGUUUGUACUCUUGAAAUGCAUUCUCCUAAAUUCCUGAAGAUUUGUUACCGAUUGUCAAUGUUACACUAACCCGGCAAAUUUCAGCAUUGACAAAGCAACCAUUAAUAGUGUUCUGCCAAUGGCAAAAGCCCUAGCACUAAAUAUACACUAGAGGACUGUCAAAGUACCUUCAGCUUGGGAAAGGUAGUUUCUUCAUCUUAUUUUCAGGCCUGGGCUGAGGGAUAAUUUACAUCAUUGUUGGCUGAUUAAAAACAACAACAACCCAUAAGACUCUUGUAAUCCACUACAAAGCAAAAGGUUGAAGUACCUGGCUGAAGCUUUCUGUAUUUAAUGUACCCCUCCCCCCAGUAUACAAUGACUCUUUGCUUUAUACCACUCAUAUAAAAUUAAGUCAGGAAUGAAGAAAGGCUUUUUGUCUUUUUAAAGACUCCUGACGUUAGAGUACUACAUUUUUAGGUAGUUUUUGGAGUGUACGUUUCUGCAUGUGGCUUAGUGCAAUUAAUCAUGACUUUAGUUUUGUUUUGCACACCUGUUUGUAAGAUAUGUUAAUGCUUUUUAAUAAAAUGACCAAAUGA